AUGCAGAGAUUGUGUGGGCACAUGUUUAUUGGCCUUUGCUUCAGGUGUCACACGCCUCUCAUCCGAAGCAGGGACAAAGCGUUAUACUGUGUUGGGUGUGAGCUGCUCACAGUGGUGGAGGAACAGGCCACCAGCCCACAGGCGGCCCAGUCCCCUUCCGCUCCCGAUCCCGAAGGGCAGGGUGGUCCACACAGGGGAGGCCAGAAGCGGUCGCAGGAUGAGCGAUCGCCUCGACUGGGCGGAGAUCCACCACCAGAGAAGAAGCUGCUGGUUGGCAGCAAGUCACCAGACCAAGCCGAAGGCCUUGAGGUCGAGAAGGGGAUGAUGGAUGUGGAGUUUGGCGACAGCGCCGAUGUGGACGAGGGGCAGGGGUGUACGGAUGUGUUGAUCGUGGGUGGCGGCUGUGAGAUGGACCACAGGGGCAUGAACCCAGGUGGGCACAAGGUUGACAGCGAGGUGAAAGGCACAGCCAUGACCGUGGCCCUCCAGCAGACUGUGCUUCAGAAGAUGGCAGAGGUGGGGAGCCUUGUUUCCCAAACACCCGUCACGCAAACAGAAGAGCUUAGCAAGCGCCUUGACCUUCUGAAGGAGUGCAUAGGUGUUGUGAAGGCUCUCAAGGACUUGAAGAUUUAG